GGUCUGUUACAAGACGACGCUGAAUGAAAAAUACAUUAACUGAGGCUGCUGCAACUCGGUUGCCAAAUCAAAUUAGACAGUUGUUUUCCAUUAUUUUGACUUUCUGUGAACCUGAUGAUCCAUUAAAUCUUUGGAAUGCCUUUAAAGAUUUUAUGAUGGAGUAUUACAUUCACCAUUCCAUGCCACCAAUAAUUGCUGAGCAGGCAGCUUUGCGUCAAAUUGAAUCUAUAAUUAAUCAGAAUGGUAAGACUUUAGCUGAUUUUAAUCUUCCUACUUUAGAUGAGUUUUUAGAUUAUGUCCCACAAAAUGAAGAGGAAGAUGUUCAGGUUUUAAUUGAUGAAGCAAAUAGGGUUAUACCAUUGUUAAAUGAUAAUCAGCGUCAAAUUGCUGAUGCUAUCCUUUCUGCUCUUAGUGAGCAACCUAACAAUGAAAACAAGCAGUCUAGAUUGUUUUUUAUGGAUGGCCCUGCAGGUUGUGGUAAAACAUUGACAUACAAUUAUUUAAUCGCUGAAACCAGCAGUAGACAUAUUAUAACUGCAACAGCUGCAUGGACAGGAAUAGCUGCAACUCUUUUAAAAAAAGGAUGUACACUUCAUGGUUUGUUCAAACUUCCUGUGCCGAUUUUGGAAAAUAGCACAUGCAAUGUAACUCCAAAUUCUAUACACGGAAAAUUCUUGAGGCAAGUUAGCCUUUAUUUACAAGAUGAGGCAUCCAUGAUACCUAAACAUGCUUUAAAUGCCAUUGAUAAGUUACUUCAAGACGUUUGCAAUAACAAGUUUCCUUUCGGUGGUAAAGUUAUUCUUAUGGGUGGGGAUUUUAGGCAAAUACUUCCGGUUGUAAAGAGAGGGCAACCAGCUGAUAUUGUUGAAGCCUGUUUAAAAUGUUCUCAACAUUGGCAAUAUGUUCAGCGAUUUUCAUUAACAGAAAAUAUGAGGGUUCAGGCCGAAGAAGAGGAAUUCUCUCAAUGGCUUUUAAAAUUUGGUAGUGGAACAUUACCUUUAAAAGCAGAUGGUUCCUUUCGCGGGUGCAUUGAGAUUCCUGAGCAAUGCUUGCUUGGAGAAAAUGAAUCUUUAGUAGACAAGAUAGCUGCUGCUUCUUCUGUUACAACUGCUGCUUCUUCUGUUACAAGCUCGAAGUCAUGGGAAGAAUUCAGAAAGUAUCGCUCCCAGCAUCCAGGCCCUCUAUCUAUGAGGGCCUUCCAUCGCUGGUGUUUGUAUGGGGACGACCAUCCCUCCUUUAGAUGGAGGGAUGGCACCCCAUACAACACGGGGAAUAGAGCGGAGCGGAUGCUGGGAGGAGAAGACAACCACCUUCCAGAACUAAGAAUAUAA